AUGGACGGCUUAGGUGAUGGUGCGAUGGGGAUGAAGAGAGGAUCUGAUGAGCUGAUGAUGUACGAUGAUGCUCCUACAGCUGACACAGAGAGUGAUGCGGUGUCCAAUGGAAGCAAGAAGUUGAGAUUUGAAGAUGCCCCGCCCUCUCGAGUGCUACACAUUCGGAAACUGCCCAACGACGUCAUGGACACAGAGAUCAUCGCUCUGGGCCUGUCUUUUGGGAAAGUCACAAACAUCCUGACUCUUAAAGGCAAAAACCAGGCCUUUUUGGAGAUGGACUCAGAGGAAUCUGCUGUUGCUAUGGUCAACUACUACAACACGGUCACUCCUCAUGUUCGUCACGUUCCCGUCUAUAUUCAGUACUCCAAUCACAAAGAGCUGCGAACGGAUCCCACCAAUCAGAGGACUCAGGCCAUGCUUCAGGCAGUCUCUUCAGUCCAUUCCGACUCUCCUCCUCAAUCUCAAAUGGGAGACCUACUCAACAUGCCCUGCAGUCCUGUGCUGCGGAUCAUUGUGGAGAACAUGUUUUAUCCUGUUACUCUGGAUGUGCUGCAGCAGAUCUUUUCCAAGUUUGGUUCAGUCAUGAAGAUCAUCACUUUCACCAAGAACAAUCAGUUCCAGGCCUUGCUUCAGUAUGGUGAACCACUCCAGGCACAACGGGCUAAAAUGGCUUUGGAUGGACAGAACAUUUACAACUCUUGUUGUACUCUUCGCAUUGACUUCUCCAAAAUGGUCAACUUAAAUGUCAAGUACAAUAAUGACAAGAGCUGUGAUUACACUCGGCCUGAGCUCCCUGGAGGCGGGCUCUCCCACAUGGACUCUGUCGGUGGUGGCUUCAAUAAAGGCACUGGUUCUCUGCUUGGUUCUAUCCCCGGGGCUAUGAACCCCAUGAACCCCAUGGCUGCGGUGGCGGCUACAGGCAGAAUGGGUAUGGGGCAGUCUGGCUCCACUCCAGUCGUCCUGGUCAGCAACCUGAACGAAGAGAUGGUUACGCCUGAAAGUCUGUUUACACUCUUCGGUGUGUACGGGGAUGUCCAGAGGGUGAAGAUUCUGUACAACAAGAAAGACAGCGCCCUGGUGCAGCUGUGCGACCCCAGCCAGGCUCAGCUCGCAAUGAGCCAUUUGAAUGGUCUGAAGAUGUACGGCAAUGUGAUCCGCGUCACAAUGUCCAAACACCAGAAUGUGGCGCAGCCUCAGGGAAACCCAGAUGACAGCGGCCUGACCAAGGACUUCACAAACUCUCAGUUCCACCGCUUCAAAAAACCAGGCUCCAGGAACUUUAACAACAUCUUCCCACCUUCAGCCACUCUGCAUAUUUCUAACAUCCAACAAGACAUGAGUGACGACGAUCUGGAAGCGCUUUUCUGCAAUGGCGGGGGAACUGUAAAGGCAGUGAAAUUUUUCAAGGAUCACACAAUGGCUUUGCUCCAGAUGGCCACAGUUGAAGAAGCCACACAGGCUUUGAUCGACCUCCACAACUACAGCGUAGGAGGGAACCAGUACCUGCGCGUGUCCUUCUCCAAAUCCACCAUUUAA